AGCAGAACAUCUCUGGUUCUGACUGCCCCAGUCCUUUAUAUCUAAAGAGACAUCACAGAUGUGACAAUCUUUCUCACCAGUGAAAGAAGAGAAGCAUGCUAUUGAGAGGAGACAGAAGCAGAGACUUAGCAAGAAUCACAGAGAGAUUAUACACAGAGGGAGGGAAGAGAGACAGCUGAACACAAACCAAAAGACGGAAAGAAAAGAAAGGAAGAAUGCGGGACAGUGUGAGACACUAGCGAGAAAGGGAGAAGUGGGAAGGCAGCAGUACAGGAGAGAGGGAUACGAGAGGCGAGAUAUGAGAGAAAAGGAAAGUGAACAGUGCAACUAUAGAGAGAAUAAAUAUCACACAGAAAGGGGAGGGGCAGAAAGUAUGCCAUAGGAAUAAGCAGAAACUAGCCAAAUGAAAUUAAAAACUAGUAAGAAGUACCUAUAUAGCAAAACUAAGUAAUAUAGGAAAUAUCUCAGAGGAAAUCAGUUAGACAAUUGUAGGAUUAAAUGAGAUCUAGACUUUAGUGAGUGGUCAGAAUAAUGUUAGUAAGAGGCAAACAGAGUCACUGAUAGCAUCAUGUGAACAGAUGAGAGAAUGCUGAUAUGAACUGCUUAGCAGCAAUAGAGAUUUAUCCAUAAAGGAAUUUUACAUAUUUUUACAAAAUACUGAAACCGAAUAAGGGCAGAUAGACACAGGAAUCCAGAUAGAUAAACAGAAAAGGUAACAAGGUUAUUAUGAGCUCUCUGCUCCUUCCCUGUUCACCUGCUCCUAUCGCUCCUAUGCCUUCUUCCUUCGCCACUUCAGAUCCACAUCCUUCUCUGCAUUCUUGUCCAUCUCGGGGAUUUCUUCACAAUCUUCGAAUUUUGUACCGGAUACUAGAAGAGGAAGGAGGUGGUCAGGUACAUGUGCAGGACAUUGAGAACUUGUGGGCAGGCCCCAGCAUCCUUUCCUGUGUCCCCCAGGCUCUAAGGGAUGCAACAGCAUGUAGUGGUGGCUAUCUAAGCUUCCCUCGGUUGGUGAGAGGUCUUACACAGGCACUAAGGGCAGGAGAAUCCCAGGAGACAGACACAAAGAAAAGAAGAGGUAUUAAAGGUGUCACGCGGUCCCACAGUAUCAAUAAUGAUGUUACCAACACCCUACGACACAUGCGUCAAGAGCAACGCGCACGGCGUCAUACACUUACCAGUGCCAUAGAUUAUAAUACGCUACGUCGUAUGAAGGAGUUAGAGCAGGAGCGAGAUGCAUUGCUAGAUGGGCUGCAAUUGGUGGACAAAGCCCGGGAAUGGUACAGAGACAAACUACGUGAGGCAGAACAGCACAAGAAACUACAGUGUGACAUGGACUUACCUAUGGUACCACCUCCACCACUUCUUGGCUCUUCCUUGAUGGUUCAAAUCCAGGAAGUCAACAGAUUCCUAAGCUAUCUUAUUUCUCCCCCAGAAAAGGUUUCACGAAGACAUCCUUCUUGCACUACAACAACGUGUGAUACUCUCAACACCCUUAAAUACCAAAAUGAGCUUCUCAACAGGGAGCUUUCUAUGCAGAGCGAACGACUAUGGAAGCUGCAAAGAGAGAACACAGCUUUAUACAGGGAACUUGAAGAACGGCAUCCACCACGAGCAACUUUUAUAUGACUUGUGCAGUUCAACAAUUUAACUCUGAAGGAGUUAGGACAAGAAUGGAUGUUGUGGGGGCGGACAGGUGCAGAACACUGAUCCAAGUCUGAUAUUCAGAGGGUGCUGACUUUGCAUCAGCACCAGCUGAACUAGGUACCUGUACAAAACCCCCUGGGACUAAAUGCAUUCUAGUCCAUGAAAGUCACAAAGCACAAAGGGAUAUGUGACACAAUAUAUUAACAUAUAUGAUUAUACUACAAAACAAUAGCUCAAGACCCAGUAAUAGCCUGAAUUCUUUUUUUCUGGAAGCCCUAUAUGGAUUUACCAACAUGCAUGGCUCUUCUUUAUUUACUGACUAGAGAACUUCAGAGCAUCUCUCUCACUACAGUGAUAACAUUUGCAGAGCAUUUACCCACUUGGUUACCAGAGACCUGCAGAACGAUAAUGCUAAGAGAGCCUGCAAUAUAUGUUCUUACUUCCUAAUCAAGGAACAUUACAGUAUAUAAUAAUUGUGCAUUUAACACUUUCAGAUUAAAAUAUACAGAAGUUGC